AAAAAAAUCAACAAAGGCUCCCAAUCACACCAAUAAUUUUCCAUCAAUUCAAUAAUUAAACACACACAAAAAAUCCCAAAUUUAUUUUUAAUAGUAAAUCAUCAAAUUUAUACAAAUCAAUCUCCUUUUACAGAGUUUUGACCAAGAUGACACCUGUUGGUCCGUUUGUUAAAGCUUCUAGGCCUGAUGACGGAUCUUCAAAAAGGUCUAGUGAAUUCCAAAGUAAGCAGCAGGGAUGCCCUAUGAGUAAGGAAGUCCAAAAUAAGCAGCAGGGAUGCCCAAUGAGUAAGGAAAUCCAAAAUAAGCAGCAUGGAUGCCCGAUGAGUAAGGACACUCAAAAUAAGCAGCAUGGAUGUCCGAUGAGUAAGGAUACUCAAAGUAAGCAGCAGGGAUGCCCAGUGAGCAAGGAAACUCAAAAUAAGCAAGAUUCUGGAGAGUCCAAUGUCAUUCCUGCAAAAUGCCCUUUUGGAUAUGAUUCUCAAACUUUCAAGCUGGGCCCAUUUAGUUGCCUAAUAUGCCAAGCACUACUCUUCGAUAGUAGCAGAUGUGUUCCCUGUACCCACGUCUUUUGCAAAGCAUGCAUAUCACGUUUCAAUGAUUGUCCUUUAUGCGGUGCUGACAUUGAGAAAAUAGAAGCCGAUGCAAAUCUUCAAAGUGUAGUGGAUCGCUUUAUUGAUGGUCAUGCUAGAAUUAAGCGGUCCCCACUUGAUACAGAUGAAAAGCAAGCAGUUGGUGAGAAGAAAACAGUGAUAUAUGAAGAUGUCUCCUUGGAGAGGGGUGCUUUCUUGGUUCAACAAGCUAUGAGAGCAUUUCGUGCAAAUAACGUAGAAAGUGCAAAAUCAAGACUAAGUAUAUGUGCACAAGAUAUCCGAGAACAGUUGGAAGUAGCAGGGAACACAUCUGAGCUAUGCUCACAGUUAGGAGCUGUACUGGGCAUGCUUGGUGACUGCUGUCGUGCAAUGGGAGAUGGUAAAUCUGCAGUUGCUUAUUUUGAUGAGAGUGUCUCAUUCCUUUCAAAAGUAGAAACAGAUGACCUAGAGGUCACACAUACGCUUUCAGUUUCCUUGAAUAAAAUUGGCGAUCUUAAGUAUUAUGAAGGUGACUUGCAAGCUGCGAGGGACCACUACUUUCAGGCUUUAGAAGUUCGUCGAAAUGCUAUCAAGGAUUCUUCUAAAGCUCCAUCUCAGGUUCUUGAUGUGGCUGUAUCUCUUGCAAAAGUUGCCGAUGUUGAUAGAAAUCUUGAUGCAGAGGAUGCAGCAACAGAAGGGUUUCAAGAAGCCAUAAGCUUGUUAGAAUCUUUAAAAAUUAACUCUGAAGAAAAUGCACUCGAACAGCGGCGACUAUCGGUGCUAGAUUUUCUUAAUAGUCAACUCUCCAAGAAGCAAUCUGACUGAAUUUCAAAUCGGAAUGAUGAGCCGUCUCUCACUUCUCCAUAGAACCACUAGCUUUCCAGUUUAGUGAGUUCAUAGUAGGGGCUGUUGAAGUUGAUAUAUCCCUUUCCUUAUGUAAUAUAAGGAGCUAAGUCGUACAUUGCUCAAGAAUAAUCUGUAAUGCUCAUUUUCUGGUUUUUCUUGUAUGUACUAUGAAGCAUUGGAGGUGAGCAUUUUGGUGUGUACUGCAGCACAUUUUGUAUCUUGUACUGUAAUUGCUCGUGUAAAUAAACCUAUAUUGUAACUUUUGAAACACUUUUUUAUGGUUCA